UGACCCUGCACCUAAUCUCUUCUCUUCUCAUCUCCACAUUUUCCUUCACUUUCACUCCCAUUAAACUUUUCCCAGAAAAAAAAGAAGAAAAGGAAACCAGUUGGAAAAUGAAAACACCCCACCACCACCACCAACCAUCCCUUUCCGACUAAAAUUUCAGUCUUCACUUUCUUGUCUUAAUAUCACCACAACAAAGAAGACCUAGACAUACACUCAUUGUUUGUUUAUUUUUGUAUUUUACUGAAUAUUGUUGUAUACUAGUGUUUUGAUAGUUUGGGAGGCGAUGGGAUCGUCGCUUUCCAACUUGACGGAGGGCUCGAAUGGUUCGGCUAUGGGUCCUGGUUUAGGGGACAUACCAGAGGGAUGCGUUGCCUGCGUUUUCACGUACCUGACGCCGCCGGAAAUUUGCAAUUUGGCCCGAUUGAAUCGUGCGUUUCGCGGUGCUGCAUCUUCCGAUUCUGUCUGGGAGACUAAGUUGCCUGCUAAUUACCAGGAUCUGCUCGAUUUGCUGCCCCCUGAGCGGUACCUCAACCUUUCCAAGAAGGACCUAUAUUCCAUCCUCUCCCGCCCAGUUCCGUUCGACGAUGGCAAUAAGGAGGUUUGGCUGGACAAAGUGACUGGCAGGGUAUGCAUGGCAAUAUCUGCCAAGGCAAUGGCAAUAACUGGGAUCGAAGAUCGAAGAUAUUGGAAUUGGGUUCCUACGGAAGAAUCUAGAUUUCAUGUCAUCGCAUAUUUGCAGCAAAUAUGGUGGUUUGAAGUAGAUGGAGUUGUAAGAUUUCGUCUUCCUGCUGAUAUCUAUACAUUGUCAUUCAGGCUUCACCUUGGACGGUUUUCCAAAAGACUUGGACGACGUGUGUGCAACUAUGAGCAUGCCCAUGGUUGGGAUAUAAAGCCUGUACAAUUUGAGUUGUCUACUUCUGAUGGUCAGCAAGCAUUAUGUGAGUGCUGCUUGGAUGACAUGGGGGAGGAUGUUGUGAUUGGAGGCCAUAAACGCGGAUGCUGGAUUGAGUAUAAGGUUGGCGAGUUCAUUGUCACUGACUCAGAAGUUGCAACUGAAGUGAGAUUUUCCAUGAAACAGAUUGAUUGCACUCACUCCAAAGGUGGGCUAUGUGUAGAUUCUGUAUUUAUCAUACCUAGUGACCUGAAAGAGCAUAGAAAAAAAGGAGUUUGGAACUAGCCAGGAACACGACGUGGAUGAUGUUUGAUAGUGAUUUAGUGAUCCCUGCAUUUUGUAGUUGGGGUUUAUUAUACAACUUCCUACUGAUGGUAUUUCAUAUUUUGGAGUAUUCUAGUUGAGUAGGCACGUCAGAAUGGUUGUGAUUUUCUCUGCUGUGUAUUUGAUCCAUUUUUGUCUCUCUUAUACAUAUCUGUCGAUGAAGAUGACAUCAAAAGAAAAAAAAAUAUGUUUUCUCAUGUCUGGGCUGGCUGUCAUUAUUUUUUUGUUAGUUUGAGAGUGACAAGAAAUAUUUUCUCCCUUGUAUUUAUCCAUAUUACGGGAGAACAUUUGUCCUAUCACUAGAAAUCGAGUUCUCCCCUUGUUUUAUUGUGUUGUCA